CUCGCGAUUCCUUUUUCUUGUUUGCCUAGCGACUGACAACAGGCGAGUUGCUCCAAGUCAGAUCCCUGAAGCGGCCUGGCCUGAGACUGGAGUGGGACCUCAGUCCUCGGCUGGGGUUCUUUCCAUUUAGCGGAGACGGAUUCAGAAGGGCUCCAGACGAAGGUUGUUGAGAACCAGACGUAUGAUGAGCGGCUAGAGAUUAACGACUCCGAAGAGGUUACAACCAUUUGUACUCCAACCCCAGGACACCAAGGAUUUCUUCAUUCUGCCCAUCUUCCUACCAAGACUAUGGCUGAUAACUGCAGUGAUGAGUUUGAAGAGGAAAAUAACAAGGAAAAGAAGAAGACCUCACGGUUGACACCUCAGCGGGGCUUUAGUGAAAAUGAUGAUGAUGACGAUGACGAUGAUUCCUCUGAAACUGAUUCUGAGGACGAUGAUGAUGAUGAAGAGCACGGAGCCCCUCUGGAAGGGGCCUAUGAUCCUGCAGAUUAUGAGCAUUUGCCAGUUUCUGCUGAGAUUAAGGAACUCUUCCAGUACAUCAGUAGGUACACACCUCAGUUGAUUGACCUGGACCACAAGCUGAAACCAUUCAUUCCCGACUUUAUCCCAGCUGUCGGGGAUAUUGAUGCAUUCUUAAAGGUCCCACGUCCUGAUGGGAAACCUGACAACCUUGGCCUGUUGGUACUGGAUGAACCUUCUACCAAGCAGUCAGACCCAACAGUGCUGUCUCUCUGGUUGACAGAGAAUUCCAAGCAGCACAACAUCACACAACAUAUGAAAGUAAAGAGCCUGGAAGAUGCAGAAAAGAAUCCCAAAGCUAUUGACACGUGGAUUGAGAGCAUCUCCGAGUUACACCGCUCCAAGCCCCCUGCGACUGUGCACUACACCAGGCCCAUGCCCGAUAUUGACACACUGAUGCAGGAAUGGUCCCCAGAGUUUGAAGAACUUUUGGGCAAGGUGAGCCUGCCCACUGCAGAGAUGGACUGCAGCCUGGCUGAGUACAUUGAUGUGAUCUGCGCUAUCUUGGACAUUCCUGUCUACAAGAGUCGGGUUCAGUCCCUCCACCUGCUGUUUUCCCUUUACUCAGAAUUCAAGAAUUCACAGCAUUUCAAAGCUCUGGCUGAAGGCAAGAAAGUAUUCACCCCUCCAUCCAACUGCACCUCUCAAGCUGGAGACGCAGAGACUCUAACGCUCAGCUGAGCCCCCGGAGCCUGUGUGGAGUCUGAGAUGACAGAUCCUUGUCAGCCACCCGGCGCCUGCCUGUUCUGCAGCGAGGCUGGGCCUGCGCUGCCCUGUACCCUCCCUCCGGAAGACACUUUGCAUGUUCGUUGCCGGGCUCUGCCCGACUCAGACUGCUUUAACAGGCUGGUUACACAUCCGCUCCACUGUGGGGAUUUGAGUUAGAAGAUUGUUUUGAGAUCCCACAGAGCACAGAUUGGGAGGAAAGCUUAAAAGAUGUUCUUUUGGGGAUGGACUUACUUUCAUUCUUUUGUUUGCUUUUUAUUUUGAUUUCCUUUGUUUUUUCAGAUGGUCUCACUAUGUAGU